GCAACAACCAUCAACAUGAAAGUGCUCGCAGUUUUCUUCGCCAUUGUCGGUGUAUCUCUGGCUGCUUCGGUCGGUGGUCCAGAUGCCGCAGCUGAAGUGCUCAAGAGCGAAUUGGACAACAUCGGCACUGACGGCUUCAAAUAUGCCUACGAAACUAGCAACGGAAUCGCCGCUGAGGAGGCCGGACACCUGAUCAACGCCGGAAGCGAAAACGAAGCUGUUGCUGUACAAGGAUCCUUCAAAUACGUUGGUCCUGACGGUGUCACCUACCAAGUUAGCUACAUUGCUGACGAAAACGGUUUCCAACCACAAGGGGCGCAUUUGUCAGCCUAAAUUAGACCUUCGGAAUAUUUUUAUAUAAAAAAUAAUAAAGUUUACUUUUUUAUUAAA